AUGGCAAUUAAUGUUGAUAUAGAAGAGGCACAUGAUCGACUGGGUUGGAAUUUUGUUCUCAACACUCUUCGUGAUGCUGGAUUACUGGAUGGGAGAAUUACAUUAGCUAAAUCAGCAUUGUUAACCAUUCCAGUUUAUACCAUACAAUCAGCUAACCUUUCGAUUUCGACUUGCAAUGUGUUGGAAAAACAAAGCAAAUGGUUUGUGUGGGGCUCUAUAAAGGAUUAG